AUGGCUGGUGUCGAGCAGCCAUUACUCUCCGUGUCCUCUAGCACUGGCUCUACGCCAAGACAGACACAAUCAACGCAACGUACGCGUUUUCUCGACCGUUGCGGGCGUUAUAAACAGUCUCUUGGUCGCUUUAAUGUUUAUCGAAAAGGUGGCAACUGGCGUAAAAUAUAUUGGGAUGAUCCGUUCCAUACGGUGAUCAAUACACGCACAUCGAGGAUUAUUUCGGGUGUUUUCCUCACUUAUUUCUUCAUCAUUUUUUUCUUUGCAGUGGCAUAUUUGGACGUGUCACUGCGAUAUCCGGCGUGUCAUUUAGGACUUUCGAGCAUUAUGGACGCCUACAUCUUUUCACUUGAGACCAUUAUGACAAUUGGUUACGGUGCACCUACGGAUGACAUUUUCUAUGGAGGAUGCACAUCCAUUGCAACGUUACUGACUCUUGAGUCUUUUGCUGGUAUAAUUCUAGAUUCAGUUUGUAUUGGUAUUUUCUACGCGCGUUUUUCCCGUGCUAAUCAACGAGCGAAUACUAUCAUGUUUUCAAACUCGGCAGUGAUUCGUAAGAUCCGUGGACACUACUAUUUCAUGUUUCAGACAUGUGAACGACGAAAACAUCAACUCGUGGAGGCACACGUUCGUCUAUACGCUGUACGGUACGAGGCAGAAGAUGACGCGAAUGAGCCUAGCGACUUCCUUUUCCAAUGUCACCAGAUGCGAAUUCAGCAGCCCGACGAUGAUUGCGGUGCGAUGCUACUCAUGGUGCUGCCGCAAGUUGUUGUGCAUCGUAUUGACCAGUGGAGUCCUCUGUUUCCGCCCGAAUGUCUACCACGUGACGGUGGAGACUCGAAGAUUUGCGCAAGCUACCCGGAUCCUACACAGCGUCAGGUGGACAUUGACAAUGGAAGUCGUGAUGGCGGUUUGCCCGGCGAUCCAAAGGUAUACAAAGAGCCUACAAAAGCACAAAUCAUGAAGCAUCUUCGUAAAAGCGGACUUGAGGUUGUCGUGAUUCUGGAAGGUAUCGACAGCUCAACAUCCAAUACAAUGCAGGCGCGCAACUCAUACACUGACGAAAACAUUGCAUGGGAUGCUACUUUCGAACGUUGUGUGGUCAAAACUUCAAGAGGUCUGUGUGUUGACUUUGAUCGCUUUCAUUUGCUCAAGCCGGCACCACUCGACGCUAAACAUUGCGCCAUGUCGUCCCAAUUUUGA